GCACAAAUGACUUAAUGCUGAUAGCAAAAAUAAAAAUGGUUGUGUCAAAAGGGAUCAAGAAGGUGGAAAAAGUGUCCCCAAAAUCGCAUCAAUAGCCCCCCCAAAAUAGUGUUUUAGUCCGUGUCCCCCAACAAUGACUGAUAUGGUUCUGUGUUGCAAAGUGUGCGGUGAGACGGCAAAUAUUCGGCGGUGCAGCAAAUGCCAGCAAGUGUUUUACUGUUCACAAGAACACCAGAAAUUCGACUGGCGACAACACAAACGAAUCUGCCACCCACCUGGCCACAACACAGCCUCAGCGUCCGCCGUGGGUACACAUCAGUCCACGUCGCAGGUGAAGCGGCCGGACAGUGCACUUCCGGAACACGGCACCAGCGAAAGUGAAAUCCUUAGUGUCCGUGCUGAGCCCCUCACGGCCGAACUGUCCAGCACCAACGAGAACUUGGACUUUCGGGAGGAGUUGAUUGACGAGAAAGACAAGAAAUUCCUACCAUCCAACACAAUGCUGGUCGGUGGCAGUGAUUCAAGGUUAAAUGUCAAUUUCAGACGAUCAUUCGAGGAGCAGCAGCAACUGGAGGAGUUCUGCACGAAUCUCAUAAAGGACAUGAAUGCGUACGGGGUAUGCGUGAUGGAUAAAUUUCUGGGGGCUGAACGCGGCACAAAAGUUCGCGAUGAGGUCAUAAAUAUGUAUUCUGCCGGACUUUUCAAGGAUGGACAGUUGGUAUCCAACAAAGGACGAAGGGAUCUAAGGCAUAUUCGUGGUGACAAGAUCAUCUGGAUCAGUGGGAAAGAGCCUGGUUGCAGAAAUAUUGACUAUCUUAUCAAUCAGGUGGAUUCAAUUAUAACAUUAGCCAAUAAGAUGAAAAACAACGGGAAAUUGGGACAAUAUACCAUCAGAGAAAGAACAAAGGCAAUGGUAGCCUGUUAUCCAGGAUCAGGGUCACAUUAUGUGAAACAUGUGGAUAAUCCCAAUCGGGAUGGGAGAUGCAUAACAGCAAUUUACUACUUGAAUCCCAAUUGGGAUGUUCAACAGAGUGGAGGCCUUUUGAGAAUCUUUCCGGAGGGAUCUGAGGACAAAGUAGCAGAUAUCCCACCGACAUUCGACCGGAUACUAUUCUUCUGGUCGGACAGGCGGAAUCCACAUGAGGUGCAACCGUCCCAUCGGACUCGCUAUGCAAUUACAUUGUGGUAUUUAGAUGCCACAGAGCGCGAAUUGGCGCUACUUCGGUAUCAGAAGGAAAAAGACUGCAAGAAAAUUAAUGAAGCAAAUAAUAUUGUGCCGAAUGCGUGAAAAUGCGAGAAAUCGAUGGUGAAAAAUGUUAUUCUUGUCAUUUUUUUUAUAAAAUAUUAUUUUCUUCACACCAGUAUAAUUUUUGCUACUUUAUUAAAAAGAAAAAAAAAAACAGAGAGGAAUGAACGUGAAGAGAGACAACAAGGAAUAUAUUUUGGAAAAGAAUAUACCAAAAUAUAUUCUAUAAAAAGUCUCAAUUGUUAAUAUUUCUUAUUUAUAAGAGAAUACUAUCGUAAAGAAAAAGUUAGAAAUUUUAUAAAUCUGAAUGAGAUGAAAGAUGUAUACUAUUAGGUUGUAAGUUGUAAAAAAAAAGAUAUUCUCAAUUUUGCCCACUUA